AUGACGGACGGAUCGCGCGGCGAGAAAAGGGAGUGGACGCACGAGGCGCGAGCGGCGUCCUUGCUGAAGCGUGUACGUGCGUCUGCCAUAAAAGAGAAGCAUGCACGCAAAGAGGCGGUGCAUAUCGACGAAGCUAACGACACGUUGCCACUGCCGCGCUUGAUCCACGCUUUGCACACGCUGGCAAGUCUAUCUGUUGUCGAGGCCAUGGCCGUGGUGCGUGCCCUCUCGCGCGCGCAGUGCACUACACGGUCACGGCUGCGCCUUGUUUCCGCGCCGGAGCUCGAGGCGAUCGGCGUGCAGUGCUCCGCUGCGGCGCGUGAUCGAAUCGUGCAAGUGUUGCACACACUCGGCGCAUCGAGCGCAGAGGAGGAGAUGGGCGGGCUGACCAGUGUAGAAAGAGAACGGCAGCUGGAGAAGCAACGCGAGAUGGAACAUGUGCAGCGCGCAUGGGGAGAUCGGCACACGCCCAGCCUCGCGCAAACAUGCGAGGCGGAAAACGAGUUUGCCUUUAACCCCGUCACGGACAGUUCUGCGCUGCACGGAAAGUUUGUUUUGGUGAACCGUGCGCCGGUAAUGACUGCCUGGGCAGUCGUCGUCCUGCAGUGCAUGGGAUUUGCUGCGGACGAGGCGCUCAGCAUUGCGCAGUGCUAUGUGAGUAGUACGGCACAUGCACGUGCCCAGGCAUUGCGUCGCGCGCCCACAGAAACGCGGCCGAAGCAUGUGGUGAGCGAGAGCCAGCCGCAUAUUGUAUUUAUGGGCGUGACGAUCCCUGUGAUAUGCUUGCGGGAUGGGCGGUAUCGUGGAAUGCACAGCGGGGAAGUCGUGCCGCCUGCGCGUGCGUUUGCGUACUUGAAAAAGUCCAUGUACCAGACCUUGCCGCAGGUCAUGGGCGCGAUGCUGCUGCUUGCAAGGUCGUACGUGGAUAUGGAGCGCGACACAGAGCAGCACCAAGACGCGGCGCGGCUUCACAGCGCCGCAUACGGUUUGUACACCGAGUUUCGGCCAGAGACGCAUGGCGAAUGGGGGAAGCGUGCGACGCUGUCGCUCGAUACGAUCCUGGCAUUGCGACGUGGUAUGGACAAGGGAGAAGAGCACGGCGAGGUACAGCAGCGCGACCAGGAGCCCGCCAAUGGCCACGCCGAGUCUACCCAGCAUUCUACAGCCACACACAGUCUAGGCGCUACAGAUGCGAGCGAUAUAGAGGGCCCUAGUAAGCAAGAGCAAUAG